AUUCAAACAGAGGUGCCGCUGCAUCUCAUUUCAACCACUGCCCACCCUGUAUAUAUACACAUCACUUGAUCUUCCUUUACCUAGCAGCGUUUUCUAGUUGCACUUCAUUACGCUCAUACUCCAAUAGACUUACUGAACCGAAACUCUUUGCCGGAAAAUAUGGAUCCUAAGUCCAUCUUACUUUACGUUGUACUCCCUCUCUUAACCUUCUUCCUUCUCUCCCGAUUACGCCGAAAACCUCUUCCGCCUGGUCCAAGAGGGUGGCCGCUGAUCGGUAACAUGUUAAUGAUGGACCAACUCACCCACCGUGGCCUUGCUCGUUUGGGAGAAAAAUACGGUGGUCUUCUUCAUCUGAAGAUGGGUUUCAGCCAUACCGUCGCUGUCUCGUCCCCCGAAAUAGCCAGGCAAGUACUCCAAGUUCAAGACAACAUCUUCGCCAACCGCCCGGCCACCAUCGCCAUUAGUUACCUCACCUACGACCGGCAAGACAUGGCGUUCGCCAACUACGGUCCCUUUUGGCGUCAGAUGCGUAAGCUUUGCGUCAUGAAGCUGUUCAGCAGAAAGCGAGCUGAGUCUUGGGACUCCGUCAGAGACGAAGUUGUCUCCAUGGUCAAAAUCACCGCUGCAAGCUCCGGCACCGCUGUUAACCUUGGAGAGCUUGUUUUCGGGUUAACCCAUGAUAUCAUUUACCGAGCAGCUUUCGGGUCUAUCUCUCAUGAAGGAAAAGAAGAAUUCAUCAGAAUUCUACAAGAAUACACAAAGCUUUUUGGUGCUUUCAAUUUGGCAGAUUUUGUCCCGUGGCUUGGAUUUAUCGACCCUGCCGGACUGAAUACCCGUUUACCGAAGGCCAGGGCGGCGCUUGACAGAUUCAUUGAUAAAAUCAUCGACGAGCACCUUGCAAAAGAGAGGAAAACGGGCGAUGAGGAAGAUAAUGAUAUGGUGGAUGAGAUGUUGGCUUUUUACAGUGAAGAAGGAAAGGUAAACGAAGGCGAGGAUUUGCAGAACGCGAUUAGACUCACCCGAAACAAUAUCAAAGCCAUUAUUAUGGAUGUAAUGUUUGGUGGGACUGAAACUGUUGCUUCUGCUAUCGAAUGGGCUUUAACUGAGCUAAUGCACACCCCAGAAUCCUUAAAACGUGCACAACAAGAGCUCGCUGAUGUUGUUGGCCUUGAUCGUCGUGUAGAAGAAUCAGAUUUCGAGAAGCUAACUUACUUCAAAUGUGUCAUCAAAGAAACCUUACGUCUCCACCCUCCGAUCCCUGUCCUUUUGCACCAAUCAUCAGAAGCCACGUCGGUUGCUGGCUACCACAUACCUAAAGGGACACGUGUCAUGGUUAACGCAUUCGCCAUUAAUCGUGAUAAGAACUCAUGGAAGGAUCCACACACGUUCAACCCAUCACGUUUCUUGCAAGAUGGGGCACCCGACUUUAAAGGAAGCAAUUAUGAGUUUCUUCCAUUUGGAUCUGGACGUAGAUCAUGUCCUGGAAUGCAACUUGGAUUGUACGCAAUGGAGAUGGCAGUGGCUCACCUUCUUCAUUCAUUCACAUGGCAGUUGCCUGAUGGAAUGAAACCAAGUGAGAUUGACAUGAAUGAUGUGUUUGGACUCACUGCACCAAAAGCGAUUCGACUUGUUGCUGUGCCAACUCCUCGGUUGUUGUGUCCGCUGUAUUGAGAAACGGCGAAAAGUUUGAUAUUGUGAAAAUUUGUUUAUGUUGCAUCAUGCAUCAAAUCAGAUUGCUUUUCUUUUACAUCUUUCUAGUCAUCUUCCAUAAAGAAAGAUAUACACAAAUUGAAUAAUGCGUAAAGAUUAUAUUUUCAUGUACAUUUUGAAAUGUUCAAACUCCUUGUGUUUCUUGUGUUCA